CUCAUGUCCGUGUUCAGUUACAAGUCACGCACGGUGCUGGUGGUGACAGAUAGAUAAUGGAGGACAUGGGUGGCAGCAUGCGUCACCACCUGAUGUGCCCCAUCUCGCUGCAGCCCAUGCAGGACCCCGUCACGGCGCCCACCGGCAUCACCUACGACCGCCGCGCCAUCGAGCGCUGGCUCGCCGCCGGCCACGCCACCUGCCCGGUCACCGGCCAGCCGCUCGCCCUCACCGACCUCACCCCCAACCACACGCUCCGGAGGCUCAUCCAGUCCUGGCGCCCGACGAGUUCCACGCCGGUGGGUGUAGGGCACCGGCCGGAUGAUGUCGCCGCCAACGUCGCCAAGAAGCUGCUGGCCAUGGCGUCUUGCCCGCCGGUUGACGUGCUCCGCGAGGCCGCGGAGGUCGCGGCACAGAACGACGUGGCGCGGCGGAACAUGGUGGACGCCGGUGUGCUCCAGCGCAUGCUCCGCCUGGCCGUGUCGCGCGCCAAGGCCAAGAGCUGUCAUGGCGAUAACAAAGAGGUGAGCCUAGACGACAUAGCCACCGUUACGGCGUGCCUGUCUCUCGUCCGCGCGCUUGCCAUCUCCGGGGACGAGCUCCGGCCGCUCGUCGCCGACAACCACGUGCACGAACUCGUUGACGCGGUGACGGACGUGCUGGUAGCACUAGUCCCCGGCCCCAGCGGCGAUCCGGCGAGAGCGAGCGCGGUGCAGCUGCUGGAUGCCGUUACGGAGGCGUGCGGCGCGCAGGUCCUGGAGCGGCUGCGGCUGGAGCUCUUCCGCGCCGUCACGGCGGUGGUGCGCGACCGCCUGUCCCCUAGCGCGACGCGGUCCGCGCUGCGCGCGCUCCUGCACGCGUGCCCCGUGGGCCGGAACCGCGCGCUGAUCGUGGAGGCCGGCGCUGCGCACGAGGCCAUCGAGCUGGAGCUCGACGCGCCGCCGCCGCCCGCGGCGGGUGGCAGGAGGGCGACGGAGCUGGCCAUGGCGCUGCUGGCGGAGCUGUGCGCGUGCGCGGACGGGCGCGCGGCGGUGGCGGCGCACCCGGCGGGCGUCGCCGUGGUGGCGCGGCGGCUGCUGCGCGUGUCCGCGGCCGCCGACGCCUGCGUGGUGCGCGUGCUGGCGGCCGUGGGCGGCCGGGCGGCGUCCCCGGAGGUCCUGCGGGAGAUGGCGCGCGUCGGCGCCGUGGGGAAGCUCUGCUGCGUGCUGCAGGCGGACUGCGACGCCGCCGUCAAGGAGGCGGCCAGGGCCGUGCUGAGGCUGCACUCCGGCGUCUGGAGCGGGUCGCCCUGCGUCAGCGCCUACCUGCUCUCUAGAUACCUCUAGUCGUCGCCAUUAAUGGCAUGCGACCGUGGUGCGAGAAUACAAGACAGCAAGUAUUGCAGCCAAGCACUGCAAUUGUUGCAGUUGCAGAGCAAAAAAACAUGUUGAUUACUAGUAGUUGUAACUAGCUUGUAGGUGAUAUUCAUUGAUUUAGUUGGUUGAUCGAUCAAAAGUUUGCUGCCUGAAAAUGGUAGUCCGUCGAUCCGUCACAAAGGAAAACAGUCUUUAGACAGAGGAGUCAUUUUGUUGUGAUACAAAGAUGUAGUGCCAUCAUAUAUAUCGGAUUGUACAAAGUUGAAUUUGAGAGGAAGAGAGAAUAAUAACAGCCAGCGUAACCUUGAGCUUA